AAAGGAGGGUGGACUCUUAAGUUGUCCAGAAUGUGCACUGAAUUAUACAGAAGCUCAGUUUAUGCAUUUGUGAUAUGGACACCACUCAGCCAGAGCACUUUGAAGACAGCAGGAAACAAAUAAUGUUUAUUGUGACUGUACCAUGAAUAGAAUACCAUGCGGUUCUCUAGUUAAGAAAAUGCACUUUGGAGUCAGGAAUAUCUGGAUUUGAAUUCCUGUCCUUCCCCUUAAUCUGAGUGAUCUUUGGGAAAAUUUCUUAAUAUCUCUGAACAGCCCUAUCUGAUGGUAAAUGGGAGUAAUAAUAAUAAUAAUGUCUAGUCCACAGGAUGAGUGAAAAUUAAGUGAGGUACCUAAUAAAACAUGCCUUGCACCUUGUAAUAAUUGCAAUAUUUAAUCUUAACUGAGUGUGUUCCAGGUGCCAGGAAUGUGUGGGUGCUUUGGAAGCAUCAUUUUAUUUAACUCUAACAACUCUAUGAGAUAGAUGCUUUCAUCCUGUUUUAAUAUGAAGAAACUCAGCCUAAAGUGACUUCUCUGGAUUUUAGCUGGAACGUAGAAAGAAGAGCUAGAAUUCAAACCCUCAUUCAUUUUAUAUCAAAUCUUGUGAGUUUUUCCCAUAUUCCAUGCUAGUACUUGGUGCUGGUUUUACUGAACUUUUCUGCAGCAUCUGGCACAGUGAGCUGCCCCUUGGUGCCCCUAGAAAGCAUUUGUAGGUGAAUGUUGGGUGACUAACCAUGUGGACACUGUCUUUCCAGGUUUCUUGGAGCCUCUGCAGAGUCCUGGGGCCAGCCCCCUAGUAAGAACUGCAGGACCCUCUUUCUGACCCCAGCUUACCUGGCCUCAGCAGCUCCAGUUGAGUCCACAGAUGCCAAGCCGGCUUCAAGCUCCUGGGAAGAACACAGUUGUCAGCAGGCGGGCCUGAGGGCUGAGGCCCACUGUGAACAUGGCAGCUGACAGGGACUCUCCCCUUUGGUACCCAGCCCUGGCUACAGAGGGACAUGGCAGCUCAUGUGAGGUACUGGUGUCAUUCAAGGAUGUGACUGUGGACUUCAGCAGGGAGGAGUGGCAGCACUUGGAUGCUGCUCAGAGACGCCUGUACAGGGAUGUGACACUGGAGAACUAUAGCCACCUGCUCUCCGUGGGCUACCAAAUCCCCAAACCAGAGGCCAUCUUCAAAUUGGAGCAAGGACAGGGGCCAUGGAUGUUGGAGGGAGAGGCCCCACAUCAGAGCUGUCCAGAUGACAAUAUUGGGGAAACUCAACAACAUGGAAUUUCUAGAGACGUUUCCUUUUCCUGUGAGAGAUUUGAUCAACCCAUAGAAGACUCACUAUGUCCUGUUUUAGAAAAACUGUGGCAAGAUAAUGACCAGCUAGAGAGAUAUCAGGAAAACCAGAAUAACCCUUUAAGUCAAGUGAAAGUAUUGAUUAAAGAGAGGGACUAUGAAUGUAAAAACAUUGAAAAAAUAAUUAAUGUGACUACCAAGCUUGUUCCUUCAAUUAAAAGACUCCAUAACUGUGACACAUUUGGAAAGAGUUUGAAGCAUACUUCAAACUUACAUAAUCAUAAUAGAAACAGUGCAACAAAGAACUUUGAUAAGAUUUGUGGAAAUGGUAACAAUUUUACCCAUACCUCUUCCUCUGCUAAGAAUGAGAAUUCUAAUACAGGAGCAAAUUCCUGUGAACAUAAUCAAUGUGAAAAACAUCUUGGCCACAAACAAACUGUCAUACACCAUCAAAAAAUUCAUACUGGGGAGAAACUUUACGUAUGUACUAAGUAUGUGAAGGGCUUUACCCAGAAGUCACAUCUCUUUGAGCAGCAGAGAAUUCAUGAUGGAGAAAAAUCCCAUGAAUGUGACAAAAAUAAGAAAGUCUUCACUCAGAAGCAACAAAUUGAUGUACAUCAGAGUGUUUACACAGGAGAGAAACCCUAUUUAUGUACUCAAUGUGGGAAGGCCUUUACCCUCAGGUCAAACCUCAUCACACAUCAGAAAAUUCACACUGGGCAGAAACCCUAUAAAUGUAGUGAAUGUGGAAAAGCCUUUUUCCAGAGAUCAGAUCUCUUUAGACAUCUGAGAAUUCACACAGGAGAAAAACCUUAUGAAUGCAGUGAAUGUGGAAAAGGCUUCUCCCAGAAUUCAGACCUAAGUAUACAUCAGAAAACUCAUACUGGAGAAAAACACUAUGAAUGCAAUGAAUGUGGGAAAGCUUUCACAAGAAAAUCAGCACUCAGGAUGCACCAGAGAAUUCACACAGGAGAGAAACCUUACGUAUGCACUGAAUGUGGGAAGGCCUUCAUCCAGAAGUCACACUUCAAUACACAUCAGAGAAUUCAUACUGGAGAAAAACCGUAUGAAUGCAGUGACUGUGGGAAAUCAUUCACUAAGAAAUCACAACUCCACGUGCAUCAGAGAAUUCACACAGGCGAGAAACCCUAUAUAUGUACAGAAUGUGGAAAGGUCUUCACUCACAGGACAAAUCUCACUACACAUCAAAAAACUCAUACUGGAGAGAAACCCUAUAUGUGUGCUGAGUGUGGGAAGGCUUUUACUGAUCAGUCAAAUCUCAUUAAACACCAGAAAACUCAUACUGGAGAGAAACCCUAUAAGUGCAAUGGCUGUGGAAAAGCCUUCAUAUGGAAGUCACGCCUCAAAAUACAUCAGAAGUCUCAUAUUGGAGAGAGACACUAUGAAUGCAAGGAAUGUGGGAAGGCCUUUAUCCAGAAAUCAACACUAAGUGUGCAUCAGAGAAUCCAUACAGGAGAGAAACCCUAUGUUUGUCCUGAAUGUGGGAAGGCCUUCAUCCAGAAAUCACACUUCAUUGCACACCAUAGAAUUCAUACUGGAGAGAAGCCUUAUGAAUGCAGUGACUGUGGGAAAUGCUUCACUAAGAAGUCACAACUCCGUGUCCAUCAGAAAAUUCACACAGGCGAGAAGCCCAAUAUAUGUGCUGAAUGUGGAAAGGCCUUCACUGACCGCUCAAAUCUCAUAACACACCAGAAAAUCCAUACUAGGGAGAAACCCUAUAAAUGCAGUGACUGUGGAAAAACCUUCACCUGGAAGUCACGCCUCAAUAUACAUCAGAAAUCUCAUACUGGAGAGAGACACUAUGAAUGCAGUAAAUGUGGGAAAGCUUUUAUCCAGAAAGCAACACUAAGUAUGCAUCAGAUAAUUCAUACAGGAAAGAAACCUUAUGCUUGUACAGAAUGUCAGAAGGCCUUCACUGACAGAUCGAAUCUCAUUAAACACCAGAAAACUCAUAGUGGAGAAAAACGCUAUAAAGCUAGUGACUGA